GCGGAGGACCACUGGAGGCGCCGCGCGGCCGCCGCCGUCCGCGCCGGAGACCGCAGCUCGGCGCAGGGGCGCCCGUCCUCCGCGCCCCGGGAGCCUCCUCCAGCCCGCGCGCCCGGCGGACAGCUCGGGCCGUCCCCCGCCGCAGCCGCCGCUCGCCCGGCAGGUUCUGCUCCUUGGUGGCAAAACAGCAGAAGAAGACAGCUAAGGCACCACCAGUGCCAAAAGACUGGCGGGCUGUGUCCCAAGAACAGCUGAAGGCAUCCAAAGCCAGUCCAGAGAAGGAGGUCUAAUGGUGCAACCUAGCUAGAGGACUUUGACACGAGGCAAAGGUGGUUUGGACAAGUCGUCAGUCGUGGCCUGUGCUUUCCUAGUCCAGUCUGGUUCGUGUGAGAUGGACUAAAGCCGAAAGCCAUCUGGUUCUUUGUCUGGGAAUUGGAGAGAGGAUUGGGAUGGUCUCUCGUGCCCAUCCCUAGGCUAACUGCAGUGAUGAGUUCAGACGAGAAGGGCAUAUCCCCUGCUCAUAAAACAUCCACUCCGACCCACAGAAGUGCCUCCUCUUCAACGUCCUCUCAGAGGGAAAGCAGGCAGAGUAUCCACGUUUUGGAGAGAACUGCUUCUUCAGGCACAGAGCCCUCUGUCAGUAGGCAGUUGCUGGAGCCGGAGCCCAUCCCCCUCUCCAAGGAAGCUGACAGCUGGGAAAUUAUAGAAGGGCUGAAAAUAGGCCAAACCAAUGUCCAGAAACCAGACAGGCAUGAGGGAUUUAUGCUGAAGAAAAGAAAAUGGCCUUUAAAGGGCUGGCACAAGCGCUUUUUUGUCCUGGAUAAUGGAAUGCUGAAGUAUUCAAAGGCUCCACUUGAUAUACAAAAAGGGAAGGUCCACGGGAGCAUAGACGUCGGACUGUCUGUCAUGUCAAUUAAGAAGAAAGCUCGGAGAAUAGACCUUGACACGGAGGAGCACAUCUAUCAUUUGAAGGUGAAAUCCCAGGACUGGUUUGACGCGUGGGUCUCCAGACUGCGGCAUCACAGGCUGUACCGUCAGAAUGAAAUUGUGAGAUCACCGAGAGAUGCGAACUUCCACAUACUUCCUGCGACUCCCACGGCUGAGUCCUCCCCAGCUGCUGACGUUUCUGUUGUGGAUGGAAAGAUCCAGCCCAACAGUUUCCCAUGGCAGGCCCCUCUACCCUACAGUAACAGCCUCCCUGCAACCUGCACAACAGGGCCGAGCAAAGUGGCAGCCUGGCUGCAGGACUCCGAAGAGAUGGACAGGUGUGCGGAAGACCUUGCACACUGUCAGUCAAACCUUGUGGAACUUAGCAAGCUAUUACAGAACUUGGAGAUACUUCAGAGAACCCAGUCAGCGCCCAACUUCACCGACAUGCAGGCUAACUGUGUAGAUAUUUCAAAGAAAGACAAGCGGGUCACAAGACGCUGGAGAACAAAAAGUGUCAGCAAAGAUACAAAAAUACAACUGCAGGAAGGGCCACCUGCGAAGGGCCAGUUCAACACGACCCGGCGCCGGCAGCGGCUAGCGGCAGCAGUGGCUACAACAGUUCCGUUCAGCGCCACCAUGUCUCCAGUGCGGCUGCAUUCUUCCAAUCCCAACCUCUGUGCAGAUAUUGAGUUUCAGACCCCUCCAAGCCACCUCACCGACCCUCUGGAAAGUUCCACGGAUUAUACCAAGCUACAGGAAGAAUUUUGUCUAAUUGCACAGAAAGUGCACUCCCUUCUGAAGUCUGCAUUUAACAGCAUAGCUAUAGAGAAGGAGAAGCUGAAGCAGAUGGUGGCUGAGCAAGAUCACAACAAAGGCCACAGCACACAGAUGGCCAGGCUCCGACAGUCACUGUCCCAGGCACUCAACCAGAAUGCUGAGCUCAGGAGUCGGCUGAACAGAAUCCACUCAGAGUCUAUCAUCUGUGAUCAGGUUGUCAGUGUUAAUAUUAUCCCUAGCCCUGAUGAGCCUGGCGAGCAGAUCCACGUCAACCUCCCUCUGUCACAGCAGGUGGCCAAUGAGAGCCGCCUCUCCAUGUCUGAGUCCGUCUCAGAGUUCUUCGAUGCUCAAGAGGUGCUUUUGUCAGCAAGUUCAUCAGAGAAUGAGGCUUCUGAUGACGAGUCCUACAUCAGUGAUGUGAGCGAUAACAUCUCAGAAGACAACACCAGUGUUGCGGACAAUAUUUCUCGGCAAAUCCUGAAUGGGGAGCUCACAGGAGGCGCCUUCCGCAAUGGCCGCCGCACGUGCCUGCCCGCCCCUUGCCCUGACACCAGUAACAUCAACCUGUGGAACAUCUUGAGAAACAACAUUGGCAAGGACCUGUCGAAGGUCUCCAUGCCGGUGGAGCUCAACGAGCCACUCAACACGCUGCAGCACCUCUGUGAGGAGAUGGAGUACAGCGAGCUCCUGGACAAGGCCUCAGAGACGGACGACCCCUACGAGAGGAUGGUUCUCGUUGCUGCGUUCGCAGUCUCAGGGUAUUGCUCCACCUACUUCAGAGCAGGAAGCAAGCCAUUCAAUCCGGUCCUGGGGGAGACCUAUGAAUGCAUCAGAGAAGAUAAGGGGUUUCGGUUCUUCUCAGAACAAGUUAGCCAUCAUCCACCCAUAUCAGCCUGUCACUGUGAAUCAAAGAACUUUGUGUUUUGGCAAGAUAUCAGAUGGAAGAAUAAGUUCUGGGGGAAGUCGAUGGAGAUCCUGCCUGUUGGGACCCUGAAUGUCACGCUUCCAAAAUACGGGGAUUACUACGUGUGGAAUAAGGUCACCACGUGCAUACACAACAUCCUCAGCGGCAGAAGAUGGAUCGAGCAUUACGGCGAAGUGACCAUUAGAAAUACCAAAAGCAGCGUUUGCAUCUGCAAGCUCACAUUUGUCAAGGUGAACUACUGGAACUCCAAUGUGAACGAAGUCCAGGGUGUGGUGAUCGAUCAGGAGGGGAAGGUGGUGCACCGGCUGUUUGGGAAGUGGCACGAGGGGCUCUACUGCGGGGUGCCCCCCUCUGCGAAGUGCAUCUGGAGGCCAGGUUCUCUGCCAACCAACUACGAGCUCUACUACGGCUUUACGAGGUUUGCUGUGGAGCUCAACGAGCUGGAUCCUGUUCUGAAGGACCUCCUUCCUCCCACAGAUGCCCGGUUCCGGCCAGAUCAAAGAUAUUUGGAAGAAGGCAACUUAGAAGCCGCAGCUACAGAGAAACAAAGAGUUGAGGAACUGCAAAGAUCACGGAGACGCUACAUGGAGGAAAAUAACCUUGAGCAUGUACCAAAAUUUUUUAAAAAAGUUAUUGAUGCAAAUCAAAGAGAAGCCUGGGUUUCCAAUGACACCUACUGGGAGCUUCGGAAGGACCCUGGGUUUAGCAAAGUAGACAGCCCUGUUCUUUGGUAAACUGGAGGCAUAGAGAUAGCCAACAUACCACACUCCGAAUGAAUAAAUAACUAUGCACAAUUAUGUUUCUUA